AUGGUCCAUCCAGCGACGACCGGAACGACGUCCUCGCCACGAGCUCAAGUACAUCCUUCUCCAUCAUCCACGACCUCUCACAUUGAAGCCAAGACACAGACGCAUCCUCUCAUACCCUCUUUGUCGUCUAUUGUUUCCAAGAAGUCUCAAAAUGUCACUGACAAGACGACUCUAGAUUUCUCCAGUCCAUGCGCAACUUGUACGACGUCUACUGGUGUGAAAACGAGUGGAAACACGUUGAUUUCCUGUGUCAAACCAGGUGCCGAUGCGUCCGCCAUGGACCGAACGCUUCGAGCGCAGGAGGAGGCGCGUCGGCUGCAAUUUGCUCUUGCACAGCAACAGGUUCAGCACUAUCAAGUCAUGACAAAACAGCUCGAGACAGAGUCAAAUAUGACGAAGAAGCCGUCCAUUUCGAUGGCAACUAGUACUUCUAUUACUAGCUCAAGUACUACAAGUGUCAUGGAAGUGACCAAGACGGCAGAGGAUCUGCAGAAGCUCCGACAAGAACUGCUGACGAGACUACAGCAGAAUGUACAGCGGCAAGCUGCCAUUACGGCGCAGGCGGUACAGAAACGAUCAAAUGACGAGUGGCUGCGCAAUAAAAUGUUGCUGGAGCAGGAACACAUGAAGUUACUGCGAGCUCAUGAACAGCAGUUGAGCCAGAAACCUAAAGGGAAUCAUGUGACAAAGGCCACGUCGAUUGCCGACAGUUUGUUGGUACAGCAGCAACAAGUGAUUCGACAGCAGCAGAUGCUCAGAGAUAUGCUGCAGAAACAGCAGAAACAACAACAAACGCAGCUGCAACUACAGAUGCAACGGAAGAAGAACGGGGAGACAAAUGCUACGGUUACGCAGACGACGCCGACGCCAAAGGUAUCAGCCAAGUCUUAUGUUACGACUACACCAACGUAUUACUCGGUGAAGAAGAAGCAGAUGAAGAAUACACUUGAUAUGGACUUGGAAGCACUGGCAAGGGUCUGUAUUCGGGUGGCCAACGCAAGAACCGACAGCGAAAUGCGUCAAGCUUUGGAGAAAAUGACAUCGUGGUUGCAUCGAUGUACGGAGCUUCCGUUGCUACGACUCGCACAGCGUGACUAUCGUGACUCGAUUGCUCACCGCCGACCGUUGCUUAUUCAACAAGGCCGAUGGCCACUAGAUCUCCAAGUCAAAUCCGAGUAUGUCACGCAAAAAAUCGCACAAAUGUUGGGUGCGUUCUUGUUGCGACAAAAGAAUAAAGCUGCCCAGCAACAAGCUGCUGUACAAGCUGCUGUACAAGCUGCUGCAUCUGCCAAGUGUGCGGUUGCUACUGCCUUAAGCUCCUCCAAUGUUUCAGCUAACGGCCCCAUCUCUUUCAGUUCCACCACCGCCACCACUGGUGCUACGUCCACUGCUCCUGUUGCUACUCUUGCCAUCACCACUACUUCUGCUGGUUGUUCGGCCACGGUCGGUAAUCGUACUAGUAGCUCCUCGACAACGGUUGUUACUAGUAUCGCUCCCGCUGCUACGUCCACAAUUGUCCCAAAGCAGCCAGCAGCGGUAGCGUCAAAAUCCGCGACGCCUGUUGCAACGAAUUCGUUGCCAUCGACAACAACGCUAGUCCGACCCGUCAAGAUUCCUGUAAAACGUGAUAUGCUAGCGAUUGAGCGCGAGUACGCUGAAUUAAAGGUCCAACUCCAAGCCAAGCAGGUCGAGAUCAACCAGAAGGCAAAGGCGAAACGAGAUGCUGCAAAAUUAGAAGCGGCCAAAGCGAUGGGCGUCAUCUGUAACCGCGAGACAACAGUUGCGAUGCUACCAGUGACACAUAAGCGCCCAUUGCAGGUUGAUGUUCCUGCUUUCGCCAAGAAACAGCAACGGACGGAUGGGUAUGUGCUGCCAUCAAGUCCUUCAACCGCUGUUUACCGACCUUCGACUCCAUCUGUUACUCCGAUCACUCCUCGAGCCGCGCAGCAAUUUUACGAUGUAGAUUGGACCACGCGAACUAGCACCGAGUCUGAGGACAAGAUGUAUUUACCACUCAAGGUCGUGUCCAACAUCAUGUCCAAGGUCCUUCCCGGUGCGCGUGAAGAGGAAGCUGCGGCUGGUGGAGUAAGCACUAAGCGCGAGGAGGAGCAAGGAAAAGGCAGAACGUUAUCGCUCGCCAUCUCUCCGUCACACAGCUUGCAAAAGCACGAAUCUAGUUCGCAAGAGACAGUCAGUAUCAGCGAUGAGGCUGUCACCUUUAUGCAAGAAUGCGUGACGGAGUUUCUUCUGUACAUCACAAGCGAGGCGCGCGAUCUUUCCGUGAUGCAGAAUCGGAGAACGAAAAAAGGUGUCGGUCUGUCAAUCUCUGGCACUGAUGUCGUGAAGGGCAUGGAGAAUCUAGGAUUCACGCCGUAUGCCCAAGUGUUAGCCGGAUACAAUGAGAAGGUCAAGGCCAGCCAAGAUGCCGCAGCGCGGAAGAAGAUGGAACGGAAGAAACUCAUCCAGCAGCAGACAAUGCAAAAAGCUGCGGCGGCUGCCGCUGCAACUAUUGCUGCAAAUGCUGCCAAGGCAGCGGCAGUAGGCAAGAGUGCUGGUUUGCCACAAUCGUAUGCACAUGCGAAUCUGAAGCCGGCAACUCCGUUGCCACUAGCCAAUACUUUGACGAUAUCGAGACCGAAUUCCAGCAUGUCCGCAAGAAUAGGAAUUACACAGGGGAUAACACCUGCAAGGACAGGGAUAGCUGCUGCAAAACCGUCCGUAGCUGUGACAACAACGACAAAGGCGCCUGCAGUGAAGACAAUACCAGCAGCACCGAGUCCACAUGCUGCAUCAACAACAAAAAGUCUUUGA